AUGAAAAGUGCCAGUUAUCAACUUUAUGUCCAUCUUAACCAAGUAACGGUGAAGCAUGCAGAUUAUGCUACUGUAACUGUUGCUGUAAAGCAAGCCAGGGAGGUUGUUGUAAACAUGCGGCUGCUCUUUUAUACAGCAUUUUGGACUUUACCAACUGAACAUGCAAAACAUUCCAGUAGAACUUACAUGUACGCAGCUUCCCCAGAAGUGGAAUUUUCCUCAUGGUUGCUCCAAGACUUUGGAUAUAGCUGUAAAGUUUGGGGAGCUUUAUUUGAAAAAACUGAUGUGAAAAAACAAACAAACAAAAGGUAUGUGGUAAAGGGGGAUAGAGAGAAUUACUGUGCUAUCCCACCAUUUGCGCAGACUGUCACAGAUGAGGAGAUUAAAAGUAUGGCUGAUGCUUUUAAGAACGCUGACCAGGCAUCACUAUUCUGCAAAACCCUUGAGUCAAAUGCUUACAAGCCUUUCGAAGUUUUUGAGACUUCAUGCAGUCAGCAAAAAAGAAAACACCAACAGGAUGAAUCUCCCCCCAGCCAGACACUAGAAAGCCUGUUGAUUGAAAAAUUGUUUCAAAAUGUCCCUAAAGAUUAUCACCCACCAGCAAAUUAUAACCAGCAACAGUUAGAACUUGUGGAAAGAACAGUUGGCUUAACAAUAUCUUCUACAAAGGAGAUUUGUUUAAACACAAUGGAGCAAAGCAAAAAUCCUCAAUGGUACCCAGAACGGGUCUAA